GCCCCCAUAGUUGCUAAUAGUUCAGUCAUAUGGUUCCUUAUAUAUAGCACAUAAUACUCACCAUAAUUUAGGUCUCUAAACACCCCUCCCCCUUCAGUUGAAACUUUUACAUGGGUGAGUUUAGGCAAUAUUUGCAGGGUUUUAAGGCUUCCCAUCCUAUUUCAGAGAUGGAUAUCAGCAUGGAAAUGACAAAGCAGCCUUCAGUGCUGAAUCAUAAUAUACCUGAGAAUUUCAAUGUUGCAGACUUCUUCCUGGAAACCUUGUUGGCCCACCAGCAGCCUGAUUUUCUGGCAUCUAGGUGUAUUCAUAAUAACCUUUUAAGCACUUUGAAUAGCAGCUCCAGCCUUUCUGCAGCGCCAGCUCCUCCGUCCAUCAUGGCAGAUGAGAAUGUUUUACAGGGAAGCAACAAGAGAAAAGCAAUGGAGCAGUCCACAAGUGGGUUCCACAAUAUUUCUCCUGCAGUUUCUACAUCUGAAUUUGGAGGAAACAUCAGCAGCAGAAAAAAGAAUAGAAUGGGAAAGGGAAGAAGAGGAAGGAGCAAUCAGAAGGAUCCAGAGAAAUCGGACGAGGUAGUUCAUGUUAGAGCAAGAAGAGGUCAAGCUACAGAUAGUCACAGUUUAGCUGAAAGGGUAAGAAGAGAGAAAAUCAAUGAGAAAAUGAGGUGCUUGCAAGACCUUGUUCCUGGAUGCCACAAGACCAAGGGUAUGGCUGUUAUGCUGGAGGAGAUAAUCAAUUACGUGCAUUCAUUGCAAAAUCAAGUUGAGUUUCUCUCAAUGGAGCUUGCAGCGGCAUGCUCUUCUUAUGACUUGAAGGCACAGGGGACAAGUACACAUGAGGCACGAGGGGUGGAGAAAUGGGCAAGAGAUAGAUAUGGAGAGCAGAACUCCUUCCAUUCGACAUGGCCACUUUGACUGCACUUUUGGCCCCUACCCCUUGUUCCUAUAUACAACAAGAAUAUGCUCCCAACCUCUCUUCCCCAAAGAUCAAAUAUGUUUGCAGAUAAGUAGCAAAGUGGGUUCGGAAUGUCAAAUCUGUUUCUUGUUACCUUUCAGAUGUCCUGAUUAUAUUAUCACUAUUUCAAUAUGAAAAGGUUGAGAAUAAUUAGGAUUGAAAAUAUUAAAGUUUGUCUUCUACUUUUGUUGCAAAUUCAGAGCUGUUGUCUUGGCAGGUCGAAUCCCUCACAUUUUGUGAAGCAGUUUCUUUUUCCAUCUAAUAACACAAUGUCCUAUUGGUUUUUAAGUGAGGAAGAGAGAUUUCUGAACUGUUGUAAUAGAUCAGCUAAUAAUCUAGCAUAUAUGGACCUUUUUGUUUUUCCUUUUGAUUUUUGAGGUCAUGAGUCUAUGAAUACUGAAAUCCUGGAUGUGAUACCACCUGCACCUAUCUGAAGUACUGGAUUCCUUGAUGAUCAUGUAUGAACUUGAAUCAAUCAUAUGUUGACAA